AUGCUACUAAUGAAAUUUGGUCCGAGAAAAUGGCUUCCUUUCCAGAUUUUGGUAUUUGGUUUUGUUGCUAUCAUGCAAAUAUUUCUAAAGAAUAAGUCGGGAUUUUAUGCUUCUCGUUUCAUGCUUGGAAUUGCAGAAAGUGGAUAUAUUCCAGGAGCAUGCUAUAUAAUCUCGAACUGGUACGUACCUUUGAAUCUGAUCUGGAUAUUAACUCCUAUCUUUUACAAAUGGCUUUUGCUAAUUCGUAUGGCAUUAGGAGUUAAUUAAAACAAAAAUACUUUAAUCAGUACUAACUUCAAAUAGGUAUAAAAAGACCGAACGUGCUAAACGAACAUCUAUUUAUUUCUUUGGAAUGUUUGGUGGAUACGCUUUAAGUCCAAUACUUUGUUCGGCUAUUCUUUUGUUGGCAGGAAAAGGAAACAUAGCUGGAUGGAGGUGGAUAUUUCUCCUUGAGGGAUUGUUAACCAUUGUAGUUGGAUUACUAAUUUUCCUCUUCUUGCCUGGAUCUCCAAUGCAUCCAUAUCCAUUGCUUUCCAAGAAACUAUCUUUCUUUUCUGAUCGAGAAAUAUUUAUACUUAAGAAUAGAUUAACCGGAGAAGAAAAUACAGAUGAACAAUUACAUCCAAUUACAAAACAACACAUAAAGGAAUCUGUCUUACAAUGGAGAAGAUACCCACAUUUAUUUGCGACAGCUAUUGUCUUCGCAACUUGGAGCCCGUUAACUACUUAUACUCCUACCAUUAUACAAAGUGCUGGAUUUACUCGAAUUCAAGCGAACGCAUUAACUGCAGUAGGUGGAUUUUUAGCAGUUUUCGUUGUGUUUUUGUUUGGUAUACUAAGUGAUAAAACUAAUGCCAGAGGCUUGACGGUUUUAGUUGCAACCCUUCUAUAUGGUAUUACGCUAAUAAUUCUUCAUGAGAUACUUCCUCGCGUUAAUUCGGAUCGAUGGAAAGUUUUUGGGUUGUGGACUUUAGUGAAUGCUUUUGCAGUUGGUUAUCAUCCCGUUCAGAAUACUUGGUUACAAUUGAAUUGUAGAUCGCCUCAAGAAAGAAGUAUUUCAAUUGCAUUGUGGGUUAUGUUUGCAAUGAUUGGUUUAAUGGCUGGGAGCCAGCUAUUUAGGGCUGAUGAUGCUCCUACCUAUAACAAAGCUUCACUUGCUAUGAUCUGCAUGGUCUUCUGUGGAUUUCUAAUUUCUUCACUUCAGUUUCUUAUUUAUUAUAUUCAUAAUCGAAAAUUAGAGAGAAAGUUACCUGAAGAUUUAUCAAGCAGUUAUAGAUUCUUUUUAUAA